AAAAGUUGGAGCAUCGAGCAUCGUUGUGUUCAGUUAAGCUGCGCUCGUGAAGUGAGUUCUGUCGUGGUUUGCGUGUUUCAGUGUUGUUCGCAUCGAACUCGCGUGCUUUCGGGAGCUUUUAUUCAGAGCUGUCGCCUGAAACAACGGAGAUUCGUCCGUCCGCUUUUCGGGAAUUUAUGCAGCAAAUACUGUUGGUAAACAUGUACAAAGGGGGAUGAAAACGAAUUAUUCCACGUGUGCAAUUCUAAAUAAUGUACUAACAAGCAGCAUUGUUAAAUACUUUCCAAAGUAGGAAUAAAAUGGAUUCGGAUCCCCUCACUGAGCCCGAGCGGGCCAAACUUGUCGAGAAGAGUAAAUCUUCGUCUUUUACCGUACUGGCCUUAUUGGUGUGUCUCUUUUGUGUAGUGAGUUCGAUUGCCAAUGGGCUGACCAGUUUGGAUGUAUACCGUUUUCAAACGAAAAUAAAAGGUCUGGAAGAGAGGAUUGUCUUCUUGGAAGAAAAGUACGCGGAAACCGUGGAUAUUGCCAGUAAUGGCAUAAAAAGAGACACUGUGAACAUAUUUCGGAACAGAGUGGUGAGGGAUUUGGCAUCUACAGGCAAUCCAACGUUACAAAAGGAUGGUCCUGAAUGCAUUUGUCCAGCAGGGCCCCCCGGACCUCCCGGACCCCCAGGACCGCCUGGCAAAAGAGGAAAGAAGGGAAAAAAGGGAGAACCCGGUGAAUCGGGACCUGCAGGGCUCGCAGGCACGCCAGGAAAGAAUGGUUUUCCGGGUGACAAGGGUCAGAAAGGAGAAUCGGGCUACAGGGGUCCGAAAGGGGUGCGCGGAUUUCCGGGAUUUCCGGGACCGAUUGGACUGGACGGACCAAAAGGCGAGCCAGGACCACCAGGAGAGAAAGGUCAAAGAGGGCAGCCUGGUAGCGCCGGAAUCGAUGUGAUACAAGCAGUGAAGGGCUUUAAAAGAUCAGUGACGACGCUUCGAGGGGGUACGCUGGGUUAUGCUGAAAUCGUGGCUGUUAAGGGUGAACCUGGAGAACCAGGACCUCCAGGUCCUCCCGGACCAGCCGGUCCUGAGGGACCCUCCGGUAAUGAUGGGCGACAAGGAAUGCCUGGAGACCCUGGCCCAGCUGGUGUAAAAGGAGAUGCGGGACCUGUAGGUCCGCCUGGGCCACCUGGAAUGGAUGGAUUAACAGGAGCAAAGGGAGAUCGAGGAGACAAAGGAGAACGAGGCUAUACGACAGCUCUUAACGGUGACGUUGAAUUUCCCACGGGGAUUAUUGAAGGACCUCCAGGACCUCCCGGCCCACCAGGUGAGAAAGGCGAACCUGGUCCCCUUGGGCCGCCUGGACCCGCUGGAGAAAAAGGAACUCGUGGAAAGAGGGGUAAACGGGGUCAAGACGGAACCGCAAAAGGGGAACCAGGUAUGCCUGGUCACAAAGGAGACCGGGGAGAUUUGGGGUUGAACGGUUUUCCAGGUUUGCCAGGACCAAAAGGAGACAUGGGUCUAAUAGGCCCUGCAGGAGUAGGUGGAACGAAUGGAGAAACUGGACCACAAGGUCCUCCUGGCUUACCGGGUCUGGUGGGACCUAAAGGUGAAAAAGGUGAAUAUGGCGAUAUUGGGCCGCCCGGUUUGAUGGGACCUCCAGGUCUUCCAGGUCCCCCCGGCUAUCCAGGUCAGAAAGGUGACAAAGGUGAAAAAGGAGAGUCUAAAUACAAGAAACUAAGGCGCCGACAGGGUGAUGGCACCGGAGAAGUAAUAUCUGGAGGAGAAAUGAUUAUGGGACCUCCAGGGCCUCCAGGUCCUUCAGGCACACCAGGACUGCAAGGACCACCUGGAAUCAAAGGCGACAGGGGGAUGGAUGGCAUUAAAGGAGAACCGGGUGAAAAAGGUGUGAAAGGUGAUCCAGGACCAAUGGGCUUACCUGGUCCAAUGGGUCUAAGUGGUAGACCGGGAGACUACGGAAAACCUGGUGCAAUGGUAAGGAAAUCAUAUUAUAACUAGGACUAGAGCAGGGUUUUCCAAUGCAGUGACUUAACAAAUAUUAACAUUCAACCCCAUUAACACAAUAAACACACUCAAACUGUGUUAUCGCCGAUCGCCCGAGUGAGAUAAAGCCUUAUCAGAACCAUUAUGGUGAAUUAAACUGCCUAAAAAGACAAUUUUGUUAAGUGAUUGAUUGAUUGAGGCAUCUGCCAUCAAUUCCAUUGGAUGAGCUCGCCAAAAUACUUAUUUUGCAACACACUUAUGAGGAUCUUUUAGGAGGACAAUAACAGAAGCUGGUAAUUCUGGAAGUGAACUGCGCGAAUUUUUCAGGCGACCAUAUAAAUAGAUUCGAUCAGUGCUAUUUGGAAAUGUGCUUUACUCUGCUUUAAAUUUUAACAAAAUGUGGGUUAUUUCUCUAUUUAAUAAUGAGGAUUGUAAGAAUGUCAGUUGAAUGACUGGUUUUGAUAUGAAAAGUUAAUUCGAUCUCUUAUGCAAUAUUUAUUUCCAAUCGUUAAUUCUUAUGGGACUUUUCCGUUGAAUUAUUGGAAUAUUUCAAUGUUUCAAGUCCACUUUAGUCUUGCCUUGAAAGUGCGCUCAAUAUAAUUGUAAACUGUUAAUGGCUUAUUACCGAUAUCAAUUAUCACUUUUGUAAUUAUCGAAAACUGGCAGAGAUUUUCUGUUUUCCUCGGGCAGAGUACACACAUUUCAAAUGCACCAUGUAUAAAUUAUUUCAAUAAUAUUGUAAUAAUAACAUGUUACUAUAUUUACUAAAAAGCUGUAUGUAUUGCUAUAGUAGGUGUUAUUUAUUAAUUAAUGAUUAACAGAUUAAGUGUAAAAAUAGUAGUUACCAACGAUCAAAGGUUAAUUAAUUAUGGUUGAUUUCCUGUUUGUCGAUUUUGGUUCUGCAUUCAAAGUUUCUAAAUGAAGCCUAGUAAGUGUUGACCAAAUAAAAAUUAUUCUCUGGAAACUGUUGCAAAACAUUUAGGAUUCAGUUGGGCAAAGAAAAACUCUUAUUAUUUUUUUAUUAUUUUAAAACAGAAGUGCAGAAACAAAAAAGCAGAGCGUUUUUUGCUUAAUUUUGGAUUCAGAAAACGAAUUUUCUCAUUUUGUAGGCCUCAUAAGUUUAGAAACGCCCGACCAUAAACUCUUUCUAGUAAGCAACUAAUUUUCCAUUGUUAGUUGUGGUUGUUUUUUUAUAAUUGCAAUUUUUUUAUAUUAUUUACACACCUUUAAUGUUAUGUGCUUCUGCAUUUACUAACGCCUUGUAUAAGGUAUCAGCGGACAGAGAAUAAAUUUUUAUUUGAUCGAAAACUUUCAUUUGCUUUAUAAUUACUUGCAGUUUUAAGAACCUUAAAAAUAGAAAUAGUAAACAUUCCUUCAUAGGCUUGCACUUCCAACAGUUUCUCUUGAGCUGUAAUACAAUAAUUGCGUCCACAGAGUACUUACAUAUAUAAGUGAUCAGAUUCCAUGAAAUCAUUGAAUUCCCAAACUUUAAGCUGCUUGCAUAAAAAUUUACUUAAUUAUACUUAAACUAGAAUAAUAGUAUUUAAUUAUUUAUCGUUGUACAUGUGUUGGGAAUUUUAAUUGUAAAACUUCUUUGAAGCAACAUAUAUUUUUUAAUUCUUUGUAUUUGCUAUGUUCGUAUUCGUAUUCUUUGUAAUCUUCCUUGACACAAACGUUCUGCAUUCUGCGCUACUGUAAAGAUGGGAUUUUCCAUAUUUCCAAACUACCUUUUGUAAUGUUAUAUAAAAGUUUGUAAAAUAAAUGUUAACAUUUUUUAUAGGUGUCUUAUAAUAGGUUAGAAUUUGUAAGUAAUAUACAGGUUAAUUAUAAUUCUACGUGACUGAUUUUUAUAGUAUUAUUAAAAAUGUAAGUACUGAGUCUUAUUAUAAACAACAUCCUAAGUAAAACGGGAAAACCUUGAUUUCGCUCACUUAAUCUGGAAUAUGUUUUAAAAUUCUCGAAAUCACUUUUUCCCUUGUACUUAUGGCGAUAACGUUCAAUGGACUUUUUAUAUAUUACAUGAGUUUUGCAAAUAUUUUUGAAUGCGUGUUGGUCUGGUUCGCUUAAGAAUAACAAAAAAAACAUAGAAAUAGUGAUAUUUAAAAAUGUCCAAAAUCCAUCUAACUGUACAAUUUGGGAAUAUUAUUUUAGGUUUUAAGAAGCAGAUGUAUUGAAAAGAAGCCCAUAAAUAAAUGUAUGUGCAUGUGCGGAAAUGUGACAAUGCCUUUAUUUAAACUUUAUUUUACAAUUUCCUCUUUUUUAUUUGCAUCGUUCUUACUACAAUUUAGUCAAUUAGGA